UACCGUGAACUACCGAUUCAAAACAGGUUUUCGCAAGAGGAUGAAUAUACGAAGCUCCAUCGUGCCAGUCAGAAACGGAAUGUGGAAGUAGUCAUACCUACUUAUGUGUAUUUAUUUUAAAUCAUCUUUUAAAAAUGAAAAAGUAUUUAAUUGUCUUUUUGAUAAUAUCGUUAAGUUCGUGUAAUGGUGGGAGACUGGGUGAAUUGCUUAUAGGAGCGCAUCGGCAACUCCACAACAAGGUACACGACGUAGCCGACGCGGUGAUAGGCGGGUUUGGCUUCACCCACGGGCACCAUUAUCAACCAGCCCCGCAUCCUCCUAACCAAGGAGGCGAGACCAUCGUAGUCAUUGUUGAAGAGAACACUGAAGGGGGCCAGGGAAAUCCUAAGCCGUAUGGAACACCGCAACAAGGCCACUACCCUGCUCCCAAUGGGCAUAACCCGCCGAAUUAUGGGUACAAUCAAGGAAAUCAGAACAAUGGACAAAAUCAUGUUAACCAUAAUCAUGGACAUCCUAACCAUGGCUCCAGUCAUCAACUCAAUUAUCCAGCAAACCCCGAACAUGAUCCGUAUCAAAACGGUAACAAAUAUAACAACGAUGGACAACAACAAAACAUACCCAGCUAUCCGAACCAGGAAGGGCAAUAUAACAAUGAGCAAGGCCACAAUCAAAUUAACCAACACAACAAUAAAGUACUAAAUAAUAAUGUGAAUCUUCAUCCGUCUGGGAAUCCCACCAAUGUUACAAAUAAUCCGUACCCAACUGCAAAUGAAGUCAAAAACCCAGAUCCUACCAAACCAAACUCAAAUGAUAAUUAUAAACCAACGGAAACGUAUAAUCAUACUGACAAAAAUAAUGAGUCGAGCAAAAAACCUGAGGAUGACAAGCCGCUCUUCGUGCCCCUCAACGGCUACACUUACGAAGGUGACAAGAUUGUCAUCAACGCGCCCAAACGUGAAACCGGCAACGGCAACAAGAAAAACGAAGAGAGUGAGGAGGACUUUCCAAUAGACAUAAGGUUUAAAGACGAAUGAACGUGUACUUAUUAAUCACCUAGAUAAAAUUGUAAGUAGCUUUUAUAUAUGAUUCCAUAUUUAAGUUUUUGAAUAAAAUAUUUUCUUGAUCAAUA